AUGAACCCGCAACCUGUCGACCCCGAGGCAGUCGCACCGGUCGUGGCGGAUGCAAGUGCAGACGCUGCGGACGUGCAGCUGCUGGCGCAGAUGGCCUACAAGCAGGAACUUCGGCAGUCUUCCAUCCCACAGGGUUUCGCAAUCGCGUCCAGCAUCAUGGGUCUAGUACCCUCAGUCGCGUCGGCCCUGUCGUUCUCUCUCCCCGCGGGACCAGCUGGCAUGGUCUGGGUAGGUGUCGAAUCGCCCGAGCAUAUUCAUCUUGUUGCUUGGGUUGGCAAUGGUAUGGAUGUUGGUUGGGGCCCUCUGUGGAAGUAUCGCACUGACAUCACCUAG